GUGAUCAUGUUCGGUUUACUUCCUGUUAACGGUGUGUGCCGGAGAGAGAGAGAGAGAGAGAGAGAGAGAAAGAGAGAGAAAGACAGACAGACAGACAGUCCGUCCGGUUUUACCGCUUUGUGUAGCUAUGAGUUAACGGGGCAGACGAGUCGAGGUGGGACUGAAAGAUGCCGUCUAACAAAAGUGUGUCUGAUGCCUCCAUCACUCAGUUUGUCAACUGCAGAAUCCUCAGAGACCAUAAUCUGGAGAGAGAGGACCUGUGGGUGCGUGAUGGAAAGAUCUUGAACCCAGAGAAGCUGUUUUUUGAUGAACAAGGAUUUGCAGAUAAUAAAGUUGACUGUGGGAAUAAAAUAAUUGCCCCCGGGUUCAUCGAUGUGCAGAUCAACGGUGGAUACGGCAUCGACUUCUCACAGGCCACUGAUGACAUCACUGGGGGCGUGGCUCAGGUGGCCAAGAGGAUUCUGGAACAUGGGGUCACUUCGUUUUGCCCCACGCUGGUGACGUCUCCGCCGGAUAUUUAUCACCAGGUGAUUCCUCACCUGAAGGUGAAGGAUGGAGGAGCAGAUGGAGCAGGAGUGCUGGGUCUUCAUCUCGAGGGCCCGUUUAUCAGUGAGGAGAAGAGAGGUGCUCACCCUCCUCAGUUUCUGCGCUCGUUUACAAAAGGGGGCGUGGCCGACCUGUUUGAGACCUAUGGACAGCUGGAGAAUGUUGCCAUGGUUACACUGGCACCAGAGCUCCCUAACAGUGGACCUGCAAUCUGUGAGCUAGCACGAAGAGGCAUCACAGUGUCACUGGGUCACUCCAUGGCUGAUCUGUGUCAGGCUGAGGAGGCGGUCCUGAAAGGAGCAUCGUUCAUCACACACCUGUUCAAUGCCAUGCUACCUUUUCAUCACAGAGACCCGGGCAUUGUAGGAUUGCUGACGAGUGACCGUGUGCCUGCUGGUCGAACUGUGUAUUAUGGUAUGAUUGCUGACGGCAUACACACACACCCUGCUGCACUGAGGAUCGCACACAGAGCUCACUCUGCAGGGUUGGUGUUGGUGACUGAUGCAGUUCCAGCGAUGGGGCUUCCAGCAGGCAGACACAGAAUGGGACAGCAAGAGAUUCACAUAGAGGGACUACACGCUUAUGUAGCAGGAACUAAAACGCUGACCGGCAGCAUCGCCACCCUGGACAUGUGUGUGAGACACUUCAAACAGGCCUCUGGAUGUACAGUAGAGGCAGCAUUGGAGGCUGCAUCUCUGCAUCCUGCUCAGCUCCUGGGGAUCAGUCACAGGAAGGGGACCCUGGAGUACGGUGCAGACGCAGAUAUCGUUAUUCUGGACGACUCACUCACAGUCCUGGAAACGUACAUUGCCGGUGAACAGGUGUGGAGGAAGUGACAUCACCCUGAAAACGCUCUCUGAUUGGAGGGAUUUGACCAGAGUUAGUGGUUCUGGGGCCGUUUGAACGGCCAAAAAGCAAGCACACACACACACACUCACGCACGCACACACACAUACACAAUCAUACAGAAAGUGAUCAUCUGAUGGUCUGACUGUUGUCUUCAUGAUUCAUGUGUGUGUGUGCGUGCAGAGAGGACCUGUGGGUGCGUGAUGGAAAGAUAACACACGCACGCACACACACACACACACUCAGCACUUUCCUUUUAUCUGGGAUUCAGUACAAUGUGAAUGAAGGUCUAAUCAUUUCUCUGUGUUAUUUUCUUCCCCUUCCUGUUUUUUAUGGACUUCCUCUGUAUCACUGUAUCGUCUGUAUCCGUCCCUCAGUGGAGAAUAAACACCAGUCUGUAAAA